UCUCCUGCUAGAAGGCUGGCAAAAAGUUAAAAUAAGAAUCUUGCCUUUUAAUGGUUCUUUAUUUUCCAAAUUGAUUCUAAAUCUAUUUUAAUUUGAUCCUUGUGAUAACUCUGGCAUUGUAACAUUAGAUUGAGCCUCUAAUCAGAGCUGUUUGUGUUUUCUUGUUAGCACCAGGAAUUCAUGAAUCAAGUGUCACUGAUUGCUUUAGUGCCACACAUAACUGGUGAUGUAAUAUUAUAGGCGCACCUUGAUUUUCUUCUGUGGUCCUGAAAAUUUUAUAUAAAACCAAAGACUUCAAAUGUGAAACGUAAAUACGGUUUUGCAAAAGUAUUUGCUAUAAAAACCUUUAGAAGUAAUUAUCAGCCCCAUCUCAGUUUGUUUGAGUGCUGUUUUGGCCUCUUUUAAGAUAAAUUUAUCUUACCCUUUUUAGAAGUUCUUCACUUCACCCUAAUCUUUAUGAAAAGAAGUUCCUGCAUUAAGUUUUCUUCCUGAAAUAUGUUUAUUUUUACAGACAACUUGAAAAUUGGAAAGAAGGAUUUUAAGGCCACAUCUGAUUUGCAGAGAUUGUCUACGAUCUGAAGAACUACAGGCCGAGGUGACUGAAUGGGACACACUUUUGGAGAAAUAAAAAUGACUUCUCAUUAUGUGAUUGCCAUGUUUGCCCUAAUGAGUUCCUGUUUAGCUACUGCAGGUCCAGAGCCCAGUGCCCAGUGCGAACUGUCGCCGGUCAACGCCUCCCACCCAGUCCAGGCCUUGAUGGAGAGCUUCACCGUCCUGUCGGGCUGUGCCAGCCGAGGCACAACGGGGCUGCCACAGGAGGUGCAUGUCCUGAACCUCCGGUCCGCCGACCAGGGGCCCGGCGAGCCGCAGAGAGAGGUUACUCUGCACCUGAAUCCCAUCUCCUCAGUCCACAUUCACCACAAGCCUGUUGUGUUUCUGCUCAACUCCCCACAGCCCCUUGUCUGGCAUCUGAAGACAGAGCGGCUUGCGAUUGGCGUCUCCAGACUUUUUUUGGUGUCUGAGAAUUCUGUGGUCCAGUUUUCAUCCAGAAACUUCUCACUGUCGGCAAAAACAGAAGAAAGGAGCUUCCCACAUGGAAAUGAACAUCUGUUAAAUUGGGCCCGAAAGGAGUAUGGAGCAGUCACUUCAUUCACUGAACUCAAGAUAGCACGAAACAUUUAUAUUAAAGUGGGGGAAGAUCAAGUGUUCCCUCCCACAUGCAACAUCGGGAAGAAUUUCCUGUCGCUCAAUUAUCUUGCUGAGUACCUUCAGCCCAAAGCCGCAGAAGGGUGCGUGAUGUCCAGCCAGCCCCAGGAUAAAGAAGUGCACAUCAUUGAGUUAAUCACCCCCAGCUCCAACCCCUACAGUGCUUUCCAGGUGGAUAUAAUAAUUGACAUAAGACCUUCUCGAAAGGAUCCUGAGGUGGUCAAAAAUCUCAUCUUGAUCUUAAAGUGCAAAAAGUCUGUCAACUGGGUGAUCAAAUCCUUCGAUAUUAAGGGAAACCUGAAAGUUAUUGCUCCUAACAGUAUUGGCUUUGGGAAAGAGAGUGAAAGAUCCAUGGUAAUGACCAAAUCAAUAAGAGAUGACAUUCCUUCAACCCAAGAGAAUCUGGUCAGGUGGGCUUUGGACAACGGCUGCAGUCCAGUGACCUCAUACACAGUGGCUCCUGUGGCUAAUAGAUUUCAUCUUCGGCUUGAAAACAAUGAGGAGAUGAGAGAUGAAGAGGUCCACACCAUCCCGCCUGAGCUGCGGAUCCUGCUGGACCCUGGCACCCUGGACAACCCACCCAUCCGGGGAGGGGGAGGCCGGAAUGGAGGUUUCCCUUUUCCUUUCCUGGAUAUCCCCAGGAAAGGCCAGAAGGAAGGGAGAGAAGAUGGGCUCCCCCACCCAAAGGACCCCGUCAUCCCCAGCUUACGACUGUUUCCUGGUCCCAGAGAGCCUGAGGAGGUGCAGGGAAGCAUGGAUGUCGCCCUGUCAGUCAAAUGCGACAACGAAAAGAUGACUGUGGCUGUAGAAAAAGAUUCUUUUCAGGCCAACAGCUACUCAGGGAUAGAGCUCACCCUGUUGGAUCCUAACUGCAAGGCCAAGAUGAAUGGCACCCACUUCAUUUUGGAGUCUCCCCUGAAUGGCUGCGGUACUCGGCACCGGCGGGCAGCCCCAGAUGGUGUGGUUUACUACAACUCGAUUGUGAUACAGGUUCCACCCCCUGGGGAUGGUAGUGGUUGGCCAGAUGGUUAUGAAGAUUUGGAGUCCGGUGAUAAUGGAUUUCCAGGAGAUAUGGAUGAGGGAGAUACUUUCCAGUUCAGCCGACCUGAAAUUUUGGUGUUUAACUGCAGCCUGCGACAGGUGGGGAAUCCUGGUAGCUUCCAAGACCCGCCCAACAGAAAUAUCUCCUUCAACAUGGAGCUGUACAACACUGACCUCUUUCUGGUGCCGUCCCAGGGAGUCUUCUCUGUGGCUGAGAAUGGACACGUUUAUGUUGAGGUGUCUGUUACUAAGGCUGACCAAGAACUGGGAUUUGCCAUCCAAACGUGCUUUAUCUCUCCAUAUUCAAACCCCGAUAGGAUGUCUGAUUACACUAUCAUUGAGAACAUUUGUCCUAAGGAUGAAUCUGUGAAAUUCUACAACCCCAAGAGAGUGCACUUUUCUGUCCCGCAAGCCGAGAUGGAUAAGAAGCGAUUCAGCUUUGUUUUUAAGCCCAUCUUCAACACCUCGCUGCUCUUUCUGCAGUGUGAGCUCACGUUAUGUACCAAGAAGGAAAAAGACCCCCAGAAGUUGCCUAAGUGUGUGCCUCCCGAUGAAGCCUGCACCUCGCUGGAUGCCUCAAUGAUCUGGGCCAUGAUGCAGAAUAAGAAGACAUUCACCAAGCCCCUCGCUGUGGUCCCUCAGGAAGUAAAAUCAGAAGAAACAGGUCCAAGCGUUAAGGAACCGAGUCCAGUUUCUCCACCAGUUUUCCAUGGUCUGGACACCAUCACCGUGAUGGGCAUUGCGUUUGCAGCAUUUGUGAUUGGAGCGCUCCUGACGGGGGCCUUGUGGUACAUCUAUUCUCACACAGGGGAGACUGCAGGAAGGCAGCAGGUCCCCACCUCCCCGCCGGCCUCCGAGAACAGCAGCGCAGCGCACAGCAUCGGCAGCACGCAGAGCACGCCCUGCUCCAGCAGCAGCACGGCCUAGCCCAGCCGGCGCUGCCGAGGGCGCGGCCCGACAGCGAGGGUGUCCACGCUCCGGGAAGGCUUGAUCGUGGUUCCUUUGUAAAGGGAGAGUGAAUUUCAGUGUAAACAUCGUCUGUUGUAUUUACCCCCCCGCCCAGGGCUACUCUGAAUGUGACCCCUGGACUUCUGUGUGAGAAAGCUAAGGUCGUGGCCUUCUGCACCAGCCUCUCACAGGUUUGGGGGUUUUCAAUGUGAAACACAUGCCAGUUUUUUAAAUGCUGCUUUGUUCAGGUAAGAACAUCUAUAACGUGGGGCCCUGAGUUUUACCGAGACUUCAGGAGCUGGUAAAAGGAUAAGCCAGAUAGUAAGCAGAACCAGUGAGAUGUGGCCAAAGAUUCCUUUGUAACUGAACCAAGAUGUAAAACAAAUGCUUCAAGACUUUCUAAGUGCAUUCCUCCAUGUGUAAUUCGCACCUUCUGGAUGCACACUUCUCACCUUGCUACCACACCCUGUGAGGGCCAUGUGUGCUUAAUAGGUGCUGCCCUCAGGGACUGCAUCCUGACACACAUCGAGGGGACAUUCCUUUCUCGUGCCCUGGGCCAAAACCAAUGCUGAUUGCAUUCUCAGCUUCCUCCCUCUUCCCACCCCAGCACACCGACUGCAAAAAUGUCUUAAUGCAAAUCUCAUAUUUCUCUAUAGGCAUAUAGAAAUUGAAAAUGGACAAAAUCUGGAACUGCAGAUGUGUGUCCAUUUAUUACAUUGUGUUCUGAUAAAUUAAUGUAUAAGGGCAAAAAUUAGUUGUAAAAUUAAGGAGGAAUUUGCUCGGUGAUAUAUAUGCCAGUAAAAGUACAUAAUAUUCAUCUGGCACAUUCAUUUUCUCAGUUAAAGAAGAAAAAAUUAGUUCCCCCUUUAGAAAUGUCCUAUGCCUUUAGAGUUGAAACUUAUUCUUAAAUAUACUUGGGAGAACAUGUCACCUUUUGAAUAGACCCUUUUGUAAAAACCAAGCUCAUGUAAGAUGCAAAUGCAGGGCAGAUCCUGUUAUUUGAACAGUGUCACCAAUUCUGCCAAGAAAAUGCUGAGAUAGAGAAAAGGGCACUCUCUUGGAUUGAUGUAGUUCUCUUGCCUUAAAUAUAUCCCAAACUCAAAAAGGAUUUAAGGUGGAAAAA